GGUAAUCAGCCGCGGUCGUCGGUCGGUCAAGUUUCCAGUCAAUUCGUUUUUCUUAUCAUAACUUAAUUUUCAUCCAAUAUUCCCGAGUCCUGACUCUUGUGUCCGACGUCCGUGACAUUGACACAUUGUACGUCGUAAAAAAAAUUCUGAAAUAGCAUGAAAGAAUUGUUUUACCACUGUACGAUUUAAUCAGCAUUCUGUCAAACUAUUGUGUAGCAUUGGUUUAACCAACGCCGAUAAAAUGGCUGUUUGGAGUUCACUGAAGCUGGGUUCGGCGGUCACCAAAUGUCUAAGUYCAAAGAAAACCGAUGUGUUAAAAUCAUCUGCUGUUGUACCAACUCGUAACAUGAGUGGUCAUCAUCUAAUGAGUAUUAAGGAGACUCGCUGGCAAUGGACAAAGUUCAAGGAUUUAAUUCAUUAUUACGUUUUAGUCGGCGUUAUUCCUUUGACUUUACUUAUCUCUGGUGUUAAUGUUUUUAUUGGACCAGCUAAAUUGGCUCCAAUUCCUGAAGGCUAUAGACCUGAACAUUGGGAAUACUAUCAGCAUCCAAUAACCCGAUGGAUGGCACGUUAUAUUUAUCCCAGUCCACAACAACAAUAUGAAAAGUAUCUACAUACAUUAUAUGAAGAAGAUGAAAAGUUUAAAGUCAGGUAA